UGAAUUGAACAGAGAGCCUGGUAAUCUGUCAGAUUAGCGGUGUGUUCAGUUUGUUAGCAGUUAGCAGAUUAACUGUGCCGCUAAUCCAUCUUCAGUCAACAUGUCGGACAAGAGAAACACGUUUCUGCUCUCAGCGCUGUUGCUUUGGUCAGCGCUGAGUGUGUCGGCCUUUGUAGAGGAGCUCGAUGAUUCCUUCCUAGAGACAAAACAACCUGAUGACAUCUGGCUCAUCAAAUUUUACGCCCCCUGGUGUUCGUUCUGUAAACAGUUGGAUCCCGUUUGGCACCAGAUCGGAUCAGAUCUCCGGAGUCUCGGUUCUCCUGUCCGUGUCGGCAAAUCGGACGCCAGCGUGUACACGGCGUUGUCCAAAGAGUUCCGGGUCAGAACUUAUCCAGCUAUUCUCAUGUUAAAGAAGGAAGUCAAGUAUAACUAUCCUGGACCAAGAACCAAAGAUGACAUCAUGGACUUUGCAAACAGAAUAGCAGGGCCACUGGUUCGAUCUCUGAGCACCCCUCAGCUCUUCCUGCACGCCAUGAGCCUGCACGAUGUUAUGAUUGUUUACGUGGGGGCCACUUCAGAACUGAAGGGAAAUUUCACGUCAGUGGCUGAAGAGCUGAUUAUUCACGCCUACUUCUUCUCUGCCUCAAGAGACGUACUGCCCAAGGCGGUGUCUCUGCCUUUUCUACCAGCUGUGGUCAUUUUUAAAGAUGGAACCUUUGUUACCUACAAUGAGGAACAGGAUGGUGACCUUAAGUCGUGGAUCAACAGAGAACGAUUCCCGAACUUCUUUCAUCUCGACAGCUACACUCUAUACGCCAUGGGAGAGUCAGGUAAACUGGUGAUGUUGGCUCUGGUUAAACGAUACAUGUGUGAUGAAAGUCUCAGGUACAAGAAUCUAGUGGAGAAAGUGGCUGCAGAGCACAAAGACACCUACAGCAGGGAUUUCUGCUUCGGAUACAUGGAGGACACUGAUUUCAUCACGGGUUUGUUGAUGACUGAAGCCACUGUGCCCUCAUUUAUUGUGGUGAAUCUGACAAAUGACGGCUACUUCCUGCCUGCCGCAUCCAUCGAGACGGAGCGCCACCUGCUGGACUUCCUGAACGGCGUCUUGAAUGGAAGCGUGGAGAGUCAGGGAGGAAACGGCGUGGUUCAGCGAGUCAAACGCUUCGUUUACGAUGUGAAAACCACUGUGAUACCGCUGUUCACGGAUGCACCUCUGUUGGGCUGCAUUCUGUUUUCCUUCCCGACCUGUAUUGUGCUCUUCCUCGUUUACCUCUGCUGUCUGGCCAGAAAAGAGGCUGCUGGUGAGGAUGACGACGACGACGACGACGGGGCAUUACAGCGCCGCAAAAACCAAUAAGAGGUUGGACUGAUGAUGGGGAUCAAGAGGACGGCAACUGCA